AUGUCUCUUACUGCUUCUACCCGCGACCAUCCUAAGGAAAAUCAUCUCGACCAUCCCAAAGUGGAUCCCACCGUCCAUCCCAAGGCAAAUCCCAUUGUCCAUACCAAGCCAGAUCCCAUUGUACUUCCUGGAGAUGGUCACGUUGAUCAUCCUCAAGUCGACCGCGCCGACCAUUUUAUUAAAGAUCAUGUUGAUUCACUUAAGGAAUGGUUGUUGGAACACAUUUCCCACAGCGACAAGAUCGCCGUGCGCGGCGUGUCGAGAGAUGCCAAUGCCAUACCCUUUAAUGUCUUGCUAUUCAGGCACGUUGACAUUGGUGGUAAUGUUGAUGUGCAUAGUCUUAAAGUCGAUGUCGAUGUUCACCUCAUUGUCCCUAUCCUCGGAAAGAUCGAGCUUGGGUCGGUAAAAGGCAACAUCGGGGAUGGCCUCACUUUAAACGUCGAUGUCCACCUCAUCGCUAGCGGAUCGGUUACAUUCAAGCUGAUGCACUCAAACCAGUUGUGGGCGGACAUCGUGCUGAAGACUAAAGUCGGAAAUUGGAACCAGACCGAGCACUUGGUUGAUUUACCGUAA